CCGACCGCCACCUCCCCCUCUCCCUCUCCCUCCCUCUCCCUCAGGAGAGAGAAAAGAGAGACGCAGAGCCCCUUUUCCAUUUCCCAAAGAUUUCUCCCUUUUUCGUCUGAUUUCAACGGUUCAUUCCGUUUGGGUAUCUGCUUACCUUCUUCUUUCUUGAAUCCGUGUAUAAAGUUGAUCCUAAUUUCGCCGGAACAUAAUAAUUUCGGAGUGUAUGAAGGGUUUCUUCUUGUGAGUCGAUUUUGCUUUUGUUGGGAUUGGGAGUGCGGAGAGAGAUUGGGGAUGGAAGAGGAGGCGAUCCCGGAACGCGGCGCCGCCGAUGGCGAUCGGGCGUCGUCGUCGUCGUCGUCGCCGACUUCGGCGGCGUCGGAGAACCCUCUCGAGGAGGCGGCUGUGGCGGAGGGCGCGGCGGAGUCAUCGCCGAUGGAUACGCCGAGGAAUGGGCCGGGCGACUGCGCCCGCGCGCCUAUGUCGCCGCUCGCGAGCAUCAGGCAGCAGGCGAAGCACGUGCGAAGCGGGAGCUUCCAGAAGUGGCGGCGGCAGAUGCAGCGGGCGUGGAGGUGGGGCCCUGGCGGCCGGGGCGGGGCCGCCGGCGGCGGCGGCGGUAGGGAGCAGGGGAUGAGGGCGACGCUGAAUCUUGAAGUGAUGGCGAAUCAGAAGCGACAGUGGUAUCGAAUCCAUUCUAGAGCUAGGGAUCAUAAGCAACAUGAGGAACCCACAUCACUAUAUGAACACUUCUUCAUCGUGGGCCUUCAUUCGUAUGCAAAUGUUGAAGUAAUUGAGGAUGCUUUUGCAAAAAGGAAAGCUUGGGAGUCCGAUGUGGCAAAAUCUGAAAUCCUAGAUUUAAGAAAGAUUCAAUAUCAUGGGCGAAUGCCUAGCCUAGAACCUCAGAUUCUUUUCAAAUAUCCUCCUGGAAAGAGAAUGGAAAUGAGGGAGGGUGAUUUACCAGCCUUUUGUUUCCCGGAAGGUGUAAAGGCUCGCUUAAUAGAGAAGACCCCAUCCAUGAGCGAUCUUAAUGAAGUUGUCUUUGGGCAGGAGCAUCUGGCUACGGAUGAAUUAUCAUUUAUCUUUCGUCUGAAGGUGUCAGAUAAUGCAACAUUAUAUGGCGUCUGCCUGCAUGUCCAGGAAAUAGUUCAGAGGGCACCUGGUAUUUUAGGUGCUGUUUCGCCACUUACUCGUACUUCUUACAAGCGUAGCCGUUUCUUGGUUUCUGCGCCACGAUGUUACUGUAUACUUACGAGAGUUCCUUUUUUUGAGCUCCAUUAUGAGAUGUUGAACAGCUUAAUUGCACAGGAGCGCCUUGACAGGAUAACACAGUUUGUAAAUGAAAUUACCCUUAUGGAUUCGGUCCCACAUUGCAUUACAGAGCAUGAUCAGCUAGAUGAGAAUUACGAUUCGCCUCAGAAGUUUUCUUGUAGUGAAUGGAUGGGACAUGCUAUACCUGUUGACAGUGUCUCCGGCCUUCUUUCAUCACCAGGGCUUUCCUCAGAAAGGGAUAUCCCAGCAUUCUUAUUCAGGAAUUGGGAACCUCAUUCUCCGGAGAGUGUCUCCACUAGUGAAGCUUCAGAUUUUAGCCAUGUGAAAGAGUUGGAGAAGGAAAAUAGGAAGGGUUGGCAACAUUACGAUGACUGCACAUCUGAGAACUCGGGCUCCCGUUCUGAUAGUUUUGAAAGAGUGAACGGAAUGUUUGAGAAUGGCCAAGCUUCCCCUGAUGUUGGCACAAUGUAUUGCAGCAGAUUAGAGAGGGUUGAGAGUUUGGAGUCUUUGCAGAGUUCAGUUAGAGGUGAUGGAUCAGAUUACGAUGAUGAUGAAUUAUCCUCUAAGCACGAAACAAAUGUUGGUGAUGAAAAAGUAAUGGAAUGGGCUAAGGCUCACAACAAUGAACCAUUACAAAUUGUUUGUGGCUAUCAUGCUCUUCCUUUGCCUCCUCGAGGGGGUGAAUUAGUUUUUCACCCUCUUGAGCAUUUACAGCCAAUUAAGUAUUGUCGGCCUGGAGUGUCAUUACUAGGCUUGGAUAAUAUUUUUCUUGAUUAUGAUCAGUCCUCUCCUGCAGAAGUUAGCAAGGUAAAUGCAUCCUUAGCUACUGUGGAGGAAGCUUUGGCACUAUCAAUUUGGACGGUUGCUACAGUGUGUCGUUCUCUAUCUUUAGAAAGUGUUUUGGCACUAUUUGCUGGUGCAUUACUGGAGAAACAAGUGGUAGUAAUGUGCCCAAACUUGGGUGUACUAUCAGCCAUUGUUUUAUCAAUCAUACCAAUGAUUCGACCUUUUGAGUGGCAGAGUUUGUUGCUUCCGGUUCUACCAAGGAAAAUGGUGGAUUUCCUUGAUGCUCCAGUUCCAUUCAUUGUUGGAAUACAGCAUAAACCAACUGAUGUUAAGAUGAAAACAGCCAAUCUAAUUCGAAUCAAUGUGAACAAGGAUCAGGUUAAGGCAUGUUCAUUGCCUCAACUUCCUCUAUACAAGGAACUUGUUUCUGAUCUAAGACCUUUUCAUGCUAGACUUUCCUGUGAGAAUUCCGUAGCUAAGAGGCAUCCUAUUUACAGAUGCAGCGAAGUCCAGGCGGAGGCUGCUGGGCAAUUCUUAAAUGUUAUGAAAUCCUACUUGGAAUCACUUUGUGCCAACUUGCGUUCUCAUACAAUCACCAAUGUACAGUCAAAUAAUGACAGGGUAUCUCUCCUUCUAAAGGACAGUUUUGUUGAUUCAUUCCCAGUUAAAGAUCGGGCAUUCAUCAAGCUCUUUAUAGACACACAACUGUUCUCAGUGCUAUCUGAUUCUCGGCUCUCCAGAUAUGAGAAUGAACAGCCUAAUUCAUGAGCAUAUACAAAUAAAAGAACAUUGAAUUAUACGAGAUCCGAAGGGAAGCUUGGGCUCCAUUCUGCAACCGUGAACAGCUGCUCAGUGAAGUAACUGCUAAACUUUUGCGUCGUCGACAAGCUACCGCAGUUAUUUAUAGUUGAGAAAAUUUGCGUGCUUUGUUGUAAUAUAAUACCGUGGUAAUUUUGAUCGGAAGCAAGCGGUCUAAGGCUGGUGUGCAUUGAAAAAUGUGCUGCAUCCUAAGCUUUUAAAAUUGGAUGCUUUGGCCCAUUGAAGGUCAUUUUGCGUAAUCCUUGUUGUAUGUAUCCAACAUAUCGAGAGGGCCCUUGGUGGCCAUUUUCCCUCUUCCUUUUUUCUUGCAAUACUCGUGAAUGAGUUGCAGGAUCAUAUUAAAUUAUAAAAACAAUCAAUUAUACCAUGAGCUUUUUUUUUGAAUAAGGACUGUCCUCCAUAUUAAAUUUAGAAAACACAGUUGUCCAUCGAAACAGUUUGUUCUUGAGUGUAUUACACAGUCUGUUCUUUGCCCUUUUCUUUUUUUGGCGGCGGACAUGCUUCUGAACAUUCAGUUUCCAUAAUGCAUGAUUUGCGGCAUUGUCCAUUGCAGUA